AUGACAGGUGGACCACUCCGACCCCAGCCCCGCCCACCGGCACCAACGGAUUCCCCCUCCAACCUACCGCCUCUCACCAUUUCCGGGGUAAAUGUUACGUCUAACGGUCGGGUUUCAGAGCCAACCGCCAACGGCCAGCCGCCAGCGCCAGCUGCAAACCGCCGACGGCCAACGGCCAGCCUCCAGCCGCCAACGGCCAACGGCCAGCCGCCAACGGCCAGCUGCAAACCGCCAACCGCUAACGGCCAGCCGCCAACCGCCAACGGCCAACCGCCAAUGGCCAGCCGCCAACGGCCAACCGCCAACGGCCAACGGCCAACCGCCAACGGCCAGCCGCCAACCGCCAAUGGCCAACCGCCAACGGCCAGCCGCCAACUGCCAACCGCCAACGGCCAACCGCCAACGGCCAGCCGCCAACGGCCAACCGCCAACGGCCAGCCGCCAACCGCCAACGGCCAGCCGCCAACGGCCAGCCGCCAACGGCCAACGGCCAACGGCCAACGGCCAACCGCCAACCGCCAACGGCCAACCGCCAACGGCCGGCCGCCAACGGCCAACGGCCAACCGACAAACGCCAACGGCCAACCGCCAACGGCCAGCCGCCAACGGCCAGCCGCCAACGGCCAACGGCCAACGGCCAACGGCCAACCGCCAACCGCCAACGGCCAACCGCCAACGGCCGGCCGCCAACGGCCAACGGCCAACCGACAAACGCCAACGGCCAACCGCCAACGGCCAGCCGCCAACCGCCAGCCGCCAACGGCCAGCCGCCAACCGCCAACGGCCAACCGCCAACGGCCAGCCGCCAACGGCCAACCGCCAACGGCCAGCUGCCAACCGCCAACGGCCAGCCGCCAACCGCCAACGGCCAGCCGCCAACGGCCAACCGCCAACGGCCAGCCGCCAACGGCCAACCGCCAAUGGCCAGCUGCCAACCGCCAACGGCCAGCCGCCAACGGCCAGCCGCCAGCCGCCAGCUGCAAACCGCCAGCCGCCAACCGCCAACCGCCAACGGCCAACCGCCAACGGCCGGCCGCCAACGGCCAGCCGCCAACGGCCAGCCGCCAACCGCCAACCGCCAGCCGCCAGCCGCCAGCCGCAAACCGCCAGCCGCCAGCCGCCAGCCGCAAACCGCCAGCCGCCAACCGCCAACGGCCAGCCGCCAACGGCCAGCCGCCAACGGCCAGCCGCCAACCGCCAAAGGCCAGCCGCCAACGGCCAACCGCCAACGGCCAGCCGCCAACCGCCAACCGCCAAUGGCCAGCUGCCAACUGCCAACGGCCAGCCGCCAGCCGCCAGCUGCAAACCGCCAGCCGCCAACCGCCAACCGCCAAUGGCCAACGGCUAGCUGCCUGUGCCCUAACACCAGAGCACGCCCUUGUCUGGCAGCCGUGGUUGCCUAACCCAGGGACACUCCAAGUCCCCGCCGCCGCUGCUUUCACACUGCCUUAG